AUGGCAACUCAUCAGCCGAGCACAUCCCAAAAUGGUGAGGAGAUAUCAGCUGAACAAUUCAAUAGAAUAUUCCAUGAACGCAACAUCAUAAUUUUGGACUGCAGAUCGAAUGGAGAUUCUAUAAAGAAAGCCAAUCGGUUCUUUUGCAGUCUGCGGCUACCAGCUCUACUCCAACGCCGUCUAAUGGGAGGCUCAAUGCGGCUUGCUACAGUUCCAGAUCUCAAGGAUUUAAAUAACCCUCCUGAUCUCUGUCCCGAAGUGUUACUCAUCCCCGGUGAUACUGAACAAGACGAACAGCUAUCGACAGCAUUGGCACGAAAUCUGAAAUCGAAUCACUAUCGUCAUUUUAUACUCGGCGAAUCGGUCAACACCCUCCUUUCACAGUUUCCCUCUCUCCGUGACGCAGCCGAUGAAAAUUGGAAUACCACGUUUCAAAUGAAUUCGAUGCCCGGACAAGGAGUUGGACAACAAGGAUCCGGUGGACCGUUACUCAAUUUAAACCAGCUUCGAUUGGAAGGCGAAGAUCAAGGCGGAAAACAACGAGCCGAGUUCCCAGUGAAGUUAACAAACUUUUUGUAUCUUGGUAACGCUGAGACAGCUAAAAAUCGAGAUAUUCUUAAUAAACACUCUAUAUCGCACGUCAUAAAUGUAACAUCAAAUCUUCCGAAUGAAUUUGAAGAAGAUCCAAAUAUGAGAUAUCUGAGAAUAUCAGCCGACGACAAUGCUUCACACAAUUUAACAAAAUUCUUUCCAGAAGCCAUAUCAUUUAUCGAUGAUGCUCGCCGGAACGGUUCGGCUUGUCUUGUACAUUGCCUAGCUGGAAUUUCGAGAAGUGUGACUAUAUGCUUGGCGUACCUCAUGAAAACUGAAAUGUGUACUCUUGAUUCUGCAUACGAAUGGGUUCAAAAAAGGAAUGCCAGUAUUGCACCGAAUUUUCAUUUCAUGGGGCAACUCACCGAUUAUGAGAAGAUGUUGGGACUGAAUACCAAUCGAGUUGGGACAUACCCAUCUUCGGCUCCACGUUCCCCAUCUUGCGCCAUAGAAGCGGCUGCAGUGUCUCAAGUUGGAGGUCUCCUAACACCACCUCCAACAAGUUGCUCAGCAUCACCACAAUCGAGUAAUCACUCGGCCAAGUCAUUUCACUAG